UCAUCAUGUCUGACCAGGAGGCAAAACCUUCAACUGAAGACUUGGGGGAUAAGAAGGAAGGAGAAUACAUUAAACUCAAAGUCAUUGGACAAGAUAGCAGUGAGAUUCACUUCAAAGCGAAAAUGACAACACAUCUCAAGAAACUCAAAGACUCAUACUGUCAAAGACAGGGAGUUCCAAUGAAUUCACUCAGGUUUCUCUUUGAAAGACAGAGAAUUGCUGAUAAUCAUACUCCAAAAGAACUGGGAAUGGCGGAAGAUGAUGUGAUUGAAAUUUAUCAGGUACAAACUGGUGGGGGGGGCCGGUCAUUCAACAGUUUAGAUACUCUUCUAUUUUAUUUUUCUUUUCCCUCAAUCCUUUAUUUUUUUAAAAUACUUCUUUUGUAAUGUGAUGUUCAAAACAAUUGAAAACUGGCACCCCAUCUUUUUAAAGCAUCUGGUAAUUUGAAUUCUAGUGCUCAUUAUUCAUUAUUGUUUGUUUCCAUUGUGCUGAUUUUUGGUGAUCAAGCCUCAGUCCCCUUCAUAUUGCUGACUCCUUUUUAAA